CUACCCAAAUCAUCGUCUACCCAAACAAGGAUUCGGGCGCCCUCGCGCCCACGUGGGGGUCUUGCUUGGAAGAUCAAAACUCAAAUCUCACCUUCUAUUCGUUUUUCUAGAAUCUGUUCGAUGUGAUUUCGCAGGAUACCAAUGUUUGACUCGAUGUUGGUCACUUCCUGAGCUGUUUGGGGGUCUUUGCUGAGCUGGAUUAGCUGAGAACAGAGGGAAAUUGGUCGUUUGAAAACGAAAAUCCACUAGCGUGAGCCCCAAAUGGUAGAAUUUGCGACGUGGCCUAGAAAUGUGCAAAACUUGGCCACCAAAAAAUGUGUUAUAUAAUUCUUUCUUUCAAAGUUUCGAGUAUGCACAAAAAGCUUAGUUUUACCAGUGGCUGAGUUUUUGACACUUUCUAGACCACGUGCAAUCUAAACCCCAUUCUAAACGUAAAAAAACUUACCAACUCAUAGACAAUCUUCUGAUAAUGAUCAAUUGUAGAGAAUGGGGAAAUCGUUUUGUGUGGUGUUGUCAUUCUAACAUAGCCUGUAGAAUUUUUUGUUUGUAAAUUGAAAAAAAUUAUAUUGUGAGAGAACGGAAAUGCUAUUUCGAAUGUAGAAAAAUAAAAAGAACCAAUAGAGAAAAGUAAAAAUAUUUUUUGGAAAAGCUACAAAGCUCCCCUCUUUAUCAGUAACAGUUGAAACAAAAAACAAGAAAAAAAUAAAUUGAGAAACUCAAAAAUACUGAAGUACGAGUAUGUUUCAUUUACUGAUGCAAUAAGAUUGUUGAUGUGAUAUCUAUUUGAUGAUAAAGAAAACGUUAGAAAACAAUGAAAACUUUCUGGCUUUCUAAAAACAUUUUCCAAGAGAUUCGCAAAUUGACAACACAUUUUGCUCUUUUUUUGUAAUUUCGAAAAAUGUUCAACACACGUUUUUGGAAAUUUUUUGGAAGUGGCAGAGCUGUGUACGAGACACAUGUGUUGAAACACACAUUGAAAAAUGGAGGCCGGGGAUAACCUCUUCCACGGUUAUGCUUUGCAGCUCGUGUACUCCCCGAGGAGAAGAUUUUCUUUAUGUCUUUGCGAAUUGAUUGAUUUUUGGCUAUUUUUGGAAACAUUUUUAGUAUUCAACAUCAAAAAAGUAGUAGCUCAGAAAAAGGCUUUUGUACUUACUAUUCAAAACCUAUCGAGGGAUAUAUUGGUAAUUUUAAUUAUGAACCCAAAAAAAUUACCGAAAGGCAACAUUUUUUUUUCUACAAAAAUUGUAAAAAUUCUUUGUAAAAAAGGCACAAGGAAAUUAGUAAGGAAAUUUUUUUUAAAGCAAAAAUUGCAGGAGGUUCAAGGACAUUUAAAACUUAAAGAGUCAAGAAAUGGGAGGAGUCAAUUUGCGGGCUUUUAGAAGGGUUACUUGUUUUUUCACACAAUUUUCAUCUUAAUCAAUUUUUUUUAUUUUUCACAAAAAAUUUAAAUUUAAUUCCCGUGAAAUGAUUUUUGAAACACGUUGAAAUUAUAUUAUCUUAAGUUUCAUCUACCACGUUCCACAGAAAAAAAAUCAAUAGAGAAUGUCAUUUGGAAAAUUCAAUCAUUCCUAUUUUACUUGCUUUCGCAAAAUCGACGAUUUUGAAGGGUCACUCAAAUGGAAACAGAUAAAAAGUCGUCCGAUUCGAAAAAGAAAAAAGUUGGACUUCCGAAGCUAAAGUCUUCGGAAUCGGAUAACAAUGUGAUAUCGAAAAAGGCAAAGAAGAAGGAUGCGACCGGUGGUGGGAAGGUUGUCCGCCUUCUCGGCAAUCGUACGGUCUACCAUCUUCCCGUCGAGGAACUUGCUCGCUGCUCUCAGCUGGUCAAGCAACAGCAAACCGCCGGAAACCCGAUGUCAACGGUCGACUUGCACCGCUUCAGCGAUCAAUCGAUAAUGGCUUUCGUGAAUUAUGUGCAGAACCAGGAGAUCAAGUCCGAUCUGACAUACUAUGCGAUCACCGAGCUGGUCACGCUGGCGCACACCUUCCAGAUGAAGGAGUUGAAGAUGUAUCUGGAAGAUAGCAUAGUCGAAGCGGCCAAGUCCUCCGAAGCAGAUCUUCUCCAGACGAUGAUCGUCUGCGACGUGGCCCAUGUCAACCCGGACACUGAAAAAUCUCUGCAAAACUUUGCCAUCGAAAGCAUUGAGAAGCUUGUAGCUCUUCCAGAUUUUCACAAAGUUCCGUUCCACCAACUUUAUCAAAUCCUGUCAAGCUGCGAACUGGUGGUCACACACGAGAUGUUUGUGGCCGAUGUGAUCCUUCUAUGGCUGAAUGGGCAAAAUCAUGUGAACGCUUUUGCGCCAUCGUUGUUGUCCUGUAUUCGCACAAAAUUCCUGAGCCCCGUCGAUCGCACCAUCAUCAUUGAACGCAUGAACCAGCUGAACAUGCCCACGAAGCUAGUCCGUUUGGCCACCAAAAUGCUCGAAUCGACGAACAAUCAACGUGUCUGUCUGGACCCUGGUCAUAUUAAGAAGAACUUGGGGAGAUGUGGAGCAAACAUGAACACAGCUCCAUUUAAUGCUCAUUCGUCUCUUCCUCUCAGUCGGCCAGCGUUCAAUAUGAAGAUGAAAAAGUGCAAGGAGCCGAAAGCCAAGCCAACUUUUGAUCCAGCCACUGCUCAACGAGUCAUUGAUCUGAUCAACACCGACCCGAAAACUGUGAAAACCGAACGUAGUGUCGAGAAAAACAAGUUCAAGAAGAAGCAGAAGGAGGAGAAAAAGGCGAAGAAACAGAUAUCGAAGAGCACGAAGAAAAAGUCAAAGUGUGCUUGUAUAGAGUACGUCAAGAACAAGCUCACUGAGAAAAAGAAGAAAAAUCCAUUCAAGGAUCCGAAUGCUGUGAAGGUUAAGCCGCCUGGAACGAAUAGCAAAAUAUCCGAAACAAGCACCAAAUCCACAGCGGUCAUCUCCAAAAUGUCUUCUCUAUCGAAAAUCCAGCCCACUUCAACUCUUGAGAAAAACCUGCACAAACGAAGAACCGGCAAGCGUACCAAGAUCCAAGGAGCUAUCAAGCUUUCCAAAUCACAGUCGGAACAGAACAUUAGUAGCUCGAAGAGCAAAUCGGCAUCACGCAGUGGAAGCAGAAGCAAGAGAUCGGAGAAUAGUACUAGAAGUGGAGUCUGAAGAGCCACUGGAAAAUGAAUUUGAAAUUCUUGAAAU